AUGUGCGUCAGUACACGCGUGUUACUUUUGUUAGUAUUGUGUGUGAUACAGCAGGCUGUGGCAGUGAAGGAACCCACUGAGGAUGGAGGAUGCGCUAAGGAAAAGACCUGUGAUUUUAAUGACUGUAAAGACGGGGAGGAGUGUUAUUUGUUGAAUGGUGAACCCACGUGCAGACCCUUUGAACCCACGGAGGAUGGAGGAUGCGCCAAGGAAAAGACCUGUGAUUUUAAUGACUGUAAAGACGGGGAGGAGUGUUAUUUGUUGAAUGGUGAACCCACGUGCAGACCCUGUUCAUCCACGUGUGAAGGAGUGGUGUGUCCAGAAGGCCAAGAGUGUAUUCUCGAGGUUGUCCAGUGUUUCGUACCUCCCUGUUGCCCUAUUCCUACCUGCACCCCUACAAACAACAGUAGCAGUUGUCCAGAGGAGGAGAGACAGACUUGUGACGGUAUUGACUGUGGAAAGCAGAAGGAGUGUAUUAUUUUGGACGGCAUACCCACUUGUGUACAGGAAUUGACGUGUGCAACGAUUAACUGUAUUGCAGGAUACACAUGCGUAGACAGAAAAUGCAUUUUAGAUCCUUGCUACGACUACCAAUGUCCAUAUGGUCAAGAGUGUCAUCUAGAAGACGUUCCUUGUACAGAACCUCCUUGCAGAGUUCCUUCCUGCAGACCCAUUGACAAGUGUGCUACAGUGAGCUGCAAGCAACGCUACAUCUGCCAGGACGGUAAAUGUGUUGAGGAGGUAAAUAAAGUCAGCGUGGAUGGCGAACUCGGUCUAGGGUGGUCUCUAAAGGAUGUGCCCGGUUUGGUAUCCCUUGCACCGACUUGCAGAGGGUAUGAGUGUCCUCCUGGAGAAGAGUGUUACCUCGAGGAGGUCGUGUGUGUUAAAGCCCCCUGUUUUCCAAUACCAUCCUGCAGACCUAGAGCGUGCAGUCCUUCUUCUCCUUGCACCUACGGUAGAGUAUGUAUAAAUGGACGCUGCGUCACUAGAGCCACCUGCCAGGACUUCGAAUGUCCUCCAGGGCAAGAGUGUUACCUUGUGGAGAGCUCCUGUAGGCGACCUCCAUGUCCUCCAGUCCCCUCUUGUAGACCUCCACCUACUUGUGACGUCAUCCACUGUCCGCCAGGUUACUUAUGUUCCAAAGGCCGCUGCAUCCCUGGACCGUCCAGCAAAGGAUAA